AUGGCCGGAGAUUCACGCUUUUUGGAGAAAAGAAAUUUGAAAGCUCAAGAUCGUCCGGACAUUGUUUGCAGAGUUUUUAAGAUGAAGCUAGAUUGCUUAAUAAAAGAAAUAAAAUAUGGAAAACUGUUUGGUCCGGUAAGGGCAGUGAUAUACACAAUUGAGUUUCAGAAACGCGGUCUUCCACACGCUCACAUAUUACUGUUCCUACAAGGGACGAGCUGCUUUGCCAAUCCUGCUUUUAUGGACACGAUCAUUUCUGCCGAGAUCCCAGACAAGUUGAUUGACGUUGAGUAUUACAAAGCUGUCGAAGAAUUCAUGGUUCACGGUCUGUGUGGUGUUGCCAGGAGCAAUUCACCGUGCAUGGUAAAUGGAAAGUGUUCAAAAUAUUUUCCAAAAAGAUAUAUUGAUGCAUCCCAUUUUGACCAGGAUGGUUACCCGUUGUAUCGAAGAAGGGAUGAUAAGAGGACAAUAAAAAAAAAUGGAAUAGAUUUGGACAAUAGGUAUGUUGUACCACAUAAUCGGUACUUGCUCUUGAAAUACAAAGCCCACAUUAAUGUAGAGUGGUGUAACCAAUCUAGGUCAAUCAAGUACAUAUUCAAGUAUGUCAACAAGGGUAACGACCGUGUAACGGCUGAGUUUUAUAAGACUACAAUGGAUGAAGGUGGUAAUGAGAUGGUGGAUGAAAUAAACAUGUACUAUGACUGUAGGUACAUCUCUGCGUGCGAGGCAGCAUGGAGGUUGUUUAGUUUUGAAGUUCAGUACAGGACUCCACUGGUUGAGCGACUAAGCUUUCACUUGCCUGACUGCCAAUCAGUCGUGUUCCAAGACGAUGAUACCAUUGAUCAUGUCUUGAACAGAAAGACCGUUGGGCAAAGUAUGUUUAAUGCAUGGUUUGUAGCGAACCAGAAGUUUAAAGAAGCGAGCUUAUUAACUUACAUUGAGAUGCCUACCAAAUUUGUGUGGAAAAAGGACAUCCGUGAAUGGCAUCCAAGAAAGAAGGGUUUCUCAAUUGGUCGGAUAUUCUAUAUACCACCCGCUUCAGGAGAAAUUUAUUAUUUAAGGUGUCUAUUGAACAUAGUCCGCGGUCCAAAAAGCUUCCAAGAUAUUAGGACAGUUAAUGGUGUUGAGUACUUAACGUUUAGAGAUGCAUGUUGUGCUCAUGGAUUGUUAGACGAUGAUAAAGAAUACAUUGAUGCUAUAAAUGAAGCAAGCUACUGGUCAACUGCAUAUUCAUUAAGGAAGCUAUUUGUUGUCUUACUAACAUCCUCAUCCAUUAUUAGGCCCAAAAUGUCUGGAAUCAAGUGUGGAAACAUUUAUUUGGUCUUAACAGGGGAAGAGAAAAAGAACUUUGCAUUGUUCGAAUUGGAAAACCUAUUGGGUCAACAAAAUAAGUCUUUAAAAGACUAUCCUCCGAUGCCAAUACCCAGUACUGAUCAUUCAAGGUUGUUUCAGAAUAGGCUGGUUUUUGAAGAGUUAAGUUACAAUUGCGAGCAGUUGAAAGAAGAUGCUGAAGUGCUUUCUGCCAAACUAACCGAAGAACAAAGUGUCAUCUAUCAUACGGUUAUAAAAGACAUUGCAGACGGUAAAGGUGGCUUAUUUUUUGUUUAUGGCUACGGUGGAAUAGGAAAGACUUUCUUGUGGAGAGCGUUGUCAGCUGCAAUCCGAUGCAAAGGUCAGAUCGUUUUAAAUGUGGCAUCAAGUGGCAUAGCUUCUCUGUUGUUACCAGGUGGCCGAACUGCUCACUCAAGAUUUGCAAUACCUAUUGCAAUAAAUGAAGACUCAACCUGUAACAUUAAGCAAGGUAGCGACCUGGCUGAAUUGUUGAUAAAGACGAGUUUGAUAAUAUGGGAUGAAGCUCCCAUGAUGCACAAACAUUGUUUUGAAGCAUUAGACCGAACUAUGAGGGAUUUAUUGCGUUUUGUAGACCCGUGUAGUGAAAUGAAGACAUUUGGUGGUAAAACUGUGGUUUUGGGUGGAGAUUUCCGCCAAAUUCUCCCGGUAGUUCCAAAAGGUACACGGCAAGAUAUUGUUUCUUCAGCCAUAAAUUCAUCAUACCUAUGGGAUAGUUGCAAAGUUUUAAGGUUGACACAAAACUUAAGACUAAGUUCGGUACCCAACGGUGGAAAUCGGCAGGCAUUACAAGAAUUUGCCGAUUGGAUUGCUAAUGUAGGUGAUGGAAAGCUGGGUGGGCGGAAUGAUGGUUACGUAGAGGUUGAAAUUCCAAAACACAUGUUAUUGUCAUCUGGAGCGGACGAUAUUAAAACAAUUGUGCACAGUACAUUUUCUAUGUUUGCAAAUGGAAACCCUGACCCCGAGCAUAUGCUAGGUUGUGCUAUAUUAGCACCAACGCUCGAUGUGGUCAAUGCAGUAAAUGACUAUAUGACUGAGUUGCAUAAUGCCGAAAGCAGGUCGUACUUUAGUUCAGACGCAGUAUGCAAAGCCGACGGCGACAACGGUAUAUUUGGAGAUGUACACACACCGGAAUUUCUAAACAGCAUUAGGGUUUCAGGUCUACCGAAUCAUACAUUAACUUUGAAAAUAGGUUCACCGGUAAUGUUAAUGAGAAAUAUUGACCAUUCUCUUGGUUUGUGCAAUGGGACUCGGUUGAUAAUCACAAAACUAGCAGACCAUGUUAUUGAAGGCGAGAUUCUGUCUGGACCUAACAAAGGUACAAAAGUGUUGAUCCCUCGAAUGUCAAUGUCACCCUCUGAUCCAAGAUUGCCGUUCAAAUUUCAACGAAGGCAAUUUCUAAUUAUGCUUUCAUAUGCAAUGACCAUUAACAAAAGUCAAGGAAAAACGUUGUCUCAUGUUGGUUUAAUACUAAAGAAACCGGUUUUUGUACACGGUCAGUUGUACGUAGCUGCAUCUCGGGUUAACAAUCCUGACGGUCUCAAAAUAUUGAUAGUCAAAGACCCAAGUUCAACUACUACAUCAACCACUAAUGUUGUAUAUCAUGAAGUUUUCAAUAAUUUGUAA